AUGCACUGCGGAGCCCUUGGUUCCCCUGGCACGGGUCUGCAGUCCCCCACUCUCCUACACACCCAGCCUCACCAUGAGCACGGCCAGCAUUGCAAAGAAGUAGUCCAGCCGGGAGCUCCAUUCUUGGUGGUGAUGGCGGCAACGAUGGCAACCUGCGCAUGUUCACGGUGGCGGCCUGACAUUGACAGGGGAAUGUGGGCAAGAGGCACCCAGGCCGCAGUGGAGCCGUCCUUUGCUAGCACAAGCUAG